UUGAUCAAAGAGGAGCGAGCCCAAGACUCCAGUUUAAUAUUAGCCUUGAAAAGUUUAAGAGUGUGACAUAAGUGAGAUAUAGGAUUUCCAGUAGAAGGCUUGGAGAAAGCCUUUAGGAGAAGGAGCUAAUAUUUAUCAAUAUUUGUCCAAUAAUUUUUGAAGAGGAACCUAUGGUGAGAAUGAUGAGUCGCUCCAAAAACAUGAAAUUUAAGAUUCCGUUAUAAAAGCCUUAAGAAAUUUUGGACAGCCUUGGCCUUUCUUUUUUUUAGAGGAAAUGAAUAUUGGGCAGUGGCGGCACUCAAGAACAAGGCUAACGGACAACUACUUGAAUGGUUUCUUCCUCUCCGCAGAAAUUCUCCUACUUUAUGCCAUGGCUGACUCCUUCGUCCCUGAAGCAAACCACGCAGCUCCAAGCCCAAAUGAUCGUUUCCGGAGCUCCGGCGGCGGCGACUCUUCUCCUGAGAUCCAUCGCCGACUGCGAAAGCAGCGACCUUUCCAAUACUCUCCACCUCUUCUCCCAUCUCCACAAGCCGUCCACCUUCCAAUGCAAUACAAUCAUGAAGGCUUGUUCCCUUCGUCAUUUCUCCGAAUACUCCAUCGAAAUUUUCAUUCAAAUGUGCCGGAAAGACAUAAGCCCCGAUUCUUAUACAUUUCAGCUUCUCUUCAAAUCUUGCUCCAUCUCUCACUUGGCUCAGCAGGGUUAUGCAGCUCAUGGUCAAUUUAUUAGGCUUUUCUCUUAUUCUGAACACCUUGCUUUUACCUCCUUGAUUCAUAUGUACGUGGAAUUUCACCGGAUCGAUGAUGCAAGGAAGGUCUUUGAUCACAUUACUUAUAAGGAUGUUCUUCUGUGGACUACUAUGGUAUCCGGGUUGGAAAAAGCAGGGUUGCUUGAUGAUGCCCGGAAGGUGUUUGAUGAUAUGCCUGAGAGAAAUGUUAUAUCAUGGACAGUGAUGAUUAAAGGUUAUUCUAGAACAGGACAGCCUGCAGAGGCCAUAGAAACGUUUAGAAAGAUGCUUAGAGAAGGAAUUAUGCCAGAUAGUGUUGCAUUCAUGUCUGUUCUUGCUGCUUGCUCGCAAAGCCGGGACCUUGAAACCGGAAAAUGGAUUCAUCACCUUGUUGAAGAAAUGGAUAUUGUUUUGAAUGAGAAUCUCAUUGUGACUCUUAUCGACAUGUAUGCAAAGUGCGGCGACAUUGACCAUGCUUGCUCGGUUUUCAAUUCAAUUGGCCACGAGACUCUUCCAGCAUGGAAUGCAAUCAUUGAUGGAUACUGUAAAAUGGGCAAUAUAGAUGAAGCUCAGUCCCUUUUCGAACAGAUGGACUCACCUAACCUGAUCACAUAUAACUCAAUGAUCACAGGCUACAUUCAGAGCAGUAGGCUUAAGGAAGCACUGUCUUUGUUUACUGAUCUACUAACCUCAGGCCUCUUGCCUGAUAAAUACACAUUGGUGGGUUUGCUCUCAGUUUGUGCUAGCUUGGUUGCACUAGACAAAGGAAAGAUAUUGCAUGCUUACAUUGAGGUUAACCUCGCCGAAACCGACAUCUUUCUCGGGACUGGUCUGCUUGACAUGUAUGCAAAAUGUGGAAAAAUGGACCAAGCAAUCUUAGUCUUUGAUAGAAUGAAUAGAAAGGAUGUGAUGUCUUGGACUGCUAUGAUUUCAGGUUUUGCCAUGAAUGGAAUGGGAAAGCUCGCACUUGAGCAGUUCUCUAUGAUGAGAAAUGAAGGCAUUAGACCAAAUGUAGUUGCCUACAUAGGCGUCUUGAAUGCUUGCAGCCACUCAGGCCUUGUAGAUGAAGGCCUCAGGCAUUUUAAAGAGAUGCAAGUUUUAUAUAAUUUAGAGCCAGAGAUUGAGCAUUACGGUUGCAUGGUUGAUCUUCUGGGUCGAGUUGGGCGUUUAGCUGAAGCUGAAAAGCUUAUAAGGAGCAUGAAAAUGCAACCAAAUGAUGUUAUUUGGGCUUCGUUCUUAAGAUCUUGCAGAGUAUACAAGAAUAUGGAUUUGGCCGAGUGGUCUGCAAGAGAGCUCAUUGUGUUGGAGCCGGAUAAAGAUGCUGGAUACGUUCAACUAUACAACACAUACAUAGAUGCUGGGAGAUGGAAGGAUGCUUCCAUGAUCAGGAGCAGGAUGGAAGAGAGAGGAGUGAAAAAGAUUGCAGCUUUUAGUUCCAUUACAGUCAAUGGGCAGGUUUACAAGUUCAUCGCCGGCGAUCAGAAACACCCAUAUGUAAUUGAGAUCCAGGAAGCAAUGCGUGAGAUCAUGAAGAGGCUGAAGGAAUCCGGUUACUCGCCGAUCAUGUCGCAGGUUGCGGUGGAUGUCGAUCAAGAGGAGACAGAAGAGAGUCUCUUUGGCCACAGUGAGAGGAUAGCCAUUGCUUUUGGGAUCAGGAGGUUGGGGCCAAGCUUGCCAAUUCAUGUCGUCAAGAACCUAAGGGUCUGUGAUGAUUGCCAUUCAGCGAUAAAGAUGAUUGCCAAGUUAUGGAGUCGGGAAAUUGUUGUUAGAGACCGAAGCCGCUUUCAUCAUUUUCGAGAUGGGCAGUGCUCCUGCAAUGAUUUCUGGUGAAAGGAGAAUGCUCUCUCUGCUAAAAGGAAUGACUUUUCGAGUUUGAAAUCUAGUUCAUAAGUGCUUUUGGUUGAAGUUAGGCAAGUUUUAUGGUCCAUAUGAGAUUUUUUUUUUUUUUGUAGAAUUAUUAUGAAAAUUUUAGUUUAUUUAAAAAAAAUUAUUGUGAAUAGCACAAAUAACUUACACAUAUUAUAUUUUAGUAUAUCUUUUAUAUUUUUUUUUUCAUCAUAGAAGUUUCUCAAAAGUGAUAGUCAAUGUUUGGAAUA